AGUACUGCCAGGGCUCGUCCCGCUCCUACAAGCUAUGCAACACGGAGGACUGCCCGCCCGGGCGCCGUCACCUUCAGGGCCCAGCAGUGUGCCGACACAACGGGAAGCAGUUCAGGGGCUGGUACUACACCUGCCCUACACCCGAGUGGACGACCAGGACCUGUGUAAACUGUACUGCUUCGCUGAGGGCUACGACUUCUUCUUCGCCCUGGCCAGCAAAGUGAAGGACGGAAACUCUGUGCUCCCAGGACGCGUCCAACGUCUGCAUCGACGGGCUCUGUGAGAAAGUGGGCUGUGACCGGGUGCUGGGCUCCAAGGCUGUGCCCGACAUGUGCGGCGUUUGCAACGGGGACAACUCCACCUGCAAGGUGUACAGGGGCCAGUACACCAAGCAGCACUACGGAAACCAGUAUUAUGGGGUGGUGACCCUCCCAGCCGGGGCCCGCAGCAUCCGCGUGGUGGAGCUGAACAGCUCCAGCUCCUACCUGGCUGUGCGGGACGCCCAGAGGCACUACCACCUGAACGGCCGCUGGACCGUGGACUGGCCCGGCAGGCACCCCAUGGCGGGGGCCCUGUUCGAGUACAAGAGGCCCUACAACCGGCCCGAGAGCCUCACCUCCACGGGCCCCACCAACCAGACCCUCAUCGUGGAGAUCCUGGUCCAGGGCUGGAACCCCGGGGUGCGCUGGGAGUACACCCUGAAGAAGGCGGACGAGAAGAGGAGCACCGUGAAGCACAACUACACCUGGGCCAUUGUGAGGGCGCAGUGCUCAGCCAGCUGCGCCGGAGGCCAGAUGCACACCAAGCCGGCGUGCUACAAGGACCUGAGGGUCCAGGUGAACACGUCCCACUGCAGCGCCAAGGGCCGGCCUGCCACAGGACCCAUGCCCUGCAACACGCAGCCCUGCCCCGCCAGGUGAGUGGAGCACACAGCUCAACGCCUGCCAUGGCAUACCAACACACCUCUGGCUGUGUUCGUAAAAUGCAGAGUUGGUGGUGGUGGAAGAGUAGACUGGGUAGCCCCGCCCAUUCUGUCGGCGAUUUGAUUUCGCCCUGCAGAAGGGUCCGGAGAAGAGCAAUACAUUUCUUUCUGCUUCCGAUACGUUUUCGCGGGAGCCAAUCACCAAGCUGGCUUUUCCCCCUGGCGCGCUAUUGGCUGGUUUAACACAAUGACGACAGGGAAGCGACGGCAAGCAGCCAAUUGCGUACAGAGUCAUUUGAACUAGGCCCAUUGAUCACGCCUCACGUGCUGAAGAAAAUGACAGCAGCUUCCCCAGACCAACGUGCAAUCUACGAUUGAGCUUGGUCUGGCAUUAGCCAGGUUCGUGGUAGAGUGUCGCCAUGGUUCCGCUGUCAAGACCCGCCCACGCUGCCCAGGCUCCAAGGAUGAUUGGCUGGUGAUGCGAGGUUGGAGAAGGUUAGAUUGAGGAUUGGUAUGAGGUUGGUGUUGAUUAAGUUUAGGUGCUAUGGUAAUAUAAAAGAUGGUUAGGUUCAGAUUUAUUGUUAAAGAUGAUGAGGUUUAGGUACUAGUUUAGAGAUGGUCAGUUGUAGGUAUGAGGUUAGAGAAGGUUAAAUUGAGUAAUGAGUUUAGAGAUGGGGAAGUUAAGCAAGAGGUGGUUUGACUUAUGUCUGCGGUUAGAGAAACUUUAGGGUUUAAGGUAAGGGUAAACUCUACAAACUAACUACUACAAAAUACAUCUUUUCAAGCCAAAGUAGGGAGGCAACAACAUUAAAGGCCUCAGCGCAUGCUUGUUUCUAUUUGAGUGAAAAUCCCGGCUGGGUGUGUUGUAUCGGCAGCAAUUUCAACAAUAUGUUUUUGUUUAGUGCAGAAGGAAGGGUUAAUCUAACUAAAGAAGAUUAGGAACAACUCAACUACCCUGUAUAAAUGUGUCAAUAUUUUGCCAAUAAAGGUUGGAGUCGAUCCAUAGAAAAAGGUAUUGGCUUUUAAAGUCAGAUUACACCAUUACCCCAGAGGAAAUAACGGGAGAUGCUGAUUUUCCCUUGACUGUUUACAGCCUUAAGGAGCAUCUAAUAAAGUUUUAAUGCCUCAUUAAUCCUCCUCCUAACAAAACGCUGGGAAACAACGCUGUAGUACACUUGCUCUGUCAACCCUCCUCCCUUUUCUCACGUAAGCGUCAGACUGUAAAUGAUUAGCACCUGGAGAAAUAGACAGGAAAGAGGGAGCAGCAACAGGAUUCACCCACACAAACGACCCGAGACAAGGUGAUACCAACCAAUCAGUUACCCGUGCGACUCUCAUCAUUCGCGUCUGACCCGACUGACGUCCCAUUGGCCGGCCUGCGGAGUGACCGACACAACAGACCAAGGGGGACGUUGGCGGGCUGAAAUCACCCUAGCCCCCAGCCCCCACCACCUUGGGUAUCGGCGCGUCAGGAGGACCGUAAUUUAAACAGUGUGUGUUGUGAGUCGUGUGAGGCCAGGGACCUGGAGGGGCUCCGACGCGAGUGUGCUUAUUUGUUUGAGCAGUAAGACCAUGAUAGAUGCGGUCCCCGGGCGCAUGAGGUCAUCACGCAGCUUAUUGGGAGUCUCGGUGGGGGUUGAUGUUUGUUGAACUUCCAGAGCGAAGUCUCACAUCACUCCCCCCCUUUGGUUUCAGUCGUCUUUUACAUGAGUUUGUGCGCUUCAAACUGUCAACACUCAACACGGUCAGUGUACAAAAGGUGCUUCGUUAAAUUAAAAGUCUGGGAAUUUUGGUGGGGAUUUUUUCACCGGAAUUAUUGUUGAUUCGUUUUAUACUUUUUGUUAUCUAUCGUUUUGCAAUAAUUAUUGUGAGGAAAACCAGCUGAAAUAUCUAGAUUCGCAUUUUGUCUGUAUUUUGUGUGUUUGUGCGUAUUUUGUGUGUAUGUGUGCAUCAGGAAAUGUACAUUUCCCGAUUCAAGCUGACUUUCACUUUUCCCAUACGAGAUACCAAUGGAAAGUCUGGAAAGCCUAUCGAUAUGAUCCGACCUCCCCCUGGUUCUCCCUCUCCCAGACCCUCGCACGCUUGGCCAUGUUUCCCUGUCCGUGUGUCUCUGAUUGACCCCUGCAGGACCCACACAGCUGGGCCCUAAUGUGAGGACCAUACCAUGGUGCUUUAUGGGGGGCGUAGUCCUGCCUUCCUAGAUUCUCACACCAUCUUCCCCGGAACGUGCCAAAUGUCAGGCAAUGGACAACAUCGCAUUCUCCGUUGUAUUAUUGUGCUCGGAAGCUAUGGAAAAUACUUUUUCCUGCAAAAGUUCCUAGAAAUCAACAAGGCAUAUUAAGACAUUAUCUGUGAAAAAUUAUACAUUUGGACCAGGGUCCAUGUCACUAUUCAGGACAGAGGUGAGGAUGAUCCAUUAGGAAUGUCCCCAUACCUUCAGCGUUUGGUCUUGAAGCGGCAGAAGGCCGUUUCCUUCGUGUCCAUGCGUGCACUCAGUGGUACUGAAGUGGGAUUGAGGAGAACACUGAGAAGUGACCCCACAACCAACCCUAACCCUGAGCAGAAUGGCUGUCAUGAGCAAGCAGUCAUGCUUUAAUGGUUUCUUUAAGCCACGCACGUUUGUCAAUGGCAUUAAGAACGACUUGUGACAAAAAUCCUGAUGACGACACCAUUUUCACCGUGGAUGACAUCAAGAAAGAGAGAGACUCACACACACACACACACACACACACACACACACACACACACACACACACACACACACACACACACACACACAGAGGAAGAUACAGAAAGAAAGAGAGACACAGACACAAAGAGACAGA